AGACUGAUAGUUUCGGCGUUCACAAAUAAAACCCUAACUACUUCUUCCAAAUCUAAAUCCUCACUCGCCUCUCAUCAGAUAUCCUCCGCCGCUCAACAACAUCAACCAUGGCGCCGAAGAAGGAUAAGGCUCCCCCGCCCUCGUCGAAGCCAGCGAAGUCCGGCGGAGGAAAGCAGAAGAAGAAGAAGUGGAGCAAGGGAAAGCAAAAGGAAAAGGUAAACAAUAUGGUUUUGUUCGAUAAGGGCACGUACGAUAAGCUGCUGACUGAGGCGCCCAAGUACAAGCUCAUCACUCCUUCCGUUCUAUCGGAUCGUCUCAGGAUUAGUGGAUCCCUUGCAAGGAAGGCCAUCAGAGAGUUGAUGGCAAGAGGUUUGAUCAGAAUGGUCUCUGCUCAUGCAAGCCAGCAAAUUUACACCAGGGCAACCAAUACCUAGAUGUAGCUUCAUGGGUAUUGUGGAGCUUGGGAGGAAUUUUGUCGAAUUAGAUUUCCGUCUCUUUUAGCAUUUAUGCUCGUUUGAACACUGAAAGAUGUUAAGGUUUCGUUGUCUACUUUUUACUACUCCACUACAUAUGUUAUUCCUUGAGCAUACAAUUAUUAAUGAGAUAUUUUACUCGGAAAAA